CUGUCCAUCUCCAGUUUGACCGGAUUGGUCUUCACUGCAGCUGAAGCUCCGCCCCUUCGGGCUAAACCAACACAGCCGUGAGCGCGGAAACAUCUACAGCGGGGUUUCGUUCCAACACGGACAAAGUUAUCUAGCAUCUACGUCCUCUCUGCUCUGCCCCGGCUGACUGUACUGAGCAUGGCGGUGUUCUCUAAAGAGUAUGGCUAUGUGGUGCUCACUGGAGCAGCUACCUUCAUCCUCAUGGGCCAUCUGUCUUUCUCUGUGGUCAAGGCACGCAUCAAAUACAAUGUACAGUAUCCGAGAAUGUACAGUGAUGACCCAGAGACCGGCCAUAUCUUCAACUGCAUCCAGAGAGCUCAUCAGAACACUAAUGAAAUCUUGCCUCUCUUCCUGUUCUUCUUGUGUGCUGGAGGCAUACACCAUCCUCGUCUGGCCAGCAGCUUGGGAAUGGUUUGGAUCGUUAGCAGAGUAGUGUAUGCACAUGGGUACUCCUCUGGAGUGCCUGAUAAGAGGAAGCGUGGCAACUUUGGGAUUGUGGCUUUGCUGGGUCUAUUUUGCUGUACUGUAGACACUGGCAGAACCAUGCUUGGGUGCAAGGGCUUACCCAAGUGGCCAAGAGGGUUUUUUAAAACUGCCUAAAUAAAGCAAGCAGAUAUUACUGUGCA